UUGACGUGUUUUCGCCAUUCGUUGCAGCCGAACUUUUACAAAUGAAAGUUGUUUUUAGAUAAUAUUUCUUGGUGUAUUCAUAGAACAGUGAUAAAACAUGGUUUGCGGUGGAUUUGGGUGUUCUAAAAACGCACUAGUAACACUUAAUUGUCUAUACAUUAUUGUAUCAUUUAUUCUCAUUGGAGUGGGUGCAUAUGCCAAAGCUGCUGCAGUGAUCGUGAGCCUCUCCGUCGUCGGAGGUAUCAUCGCCAGUGGAGUGUUCUUGCUGUUCUUCUCUAUAAUUGGGCUCUUUGGAGCAAUCAGGCACCACCAAGUGAUUCUCUUCUUUUAUAUGAUAAUACUCUUUAUUUUAUUCCUGUUCCAAUUUUCAUUUGGAGUGGUAUGUUUGGCAGUGAAUAAGAAUCAACAAAUUGACUUAAUGCGGAAGGCAUGGAUGACGUCAAGCAACUAUACAAAGAGCAGUUUUCAGGAGCAACUGGAUUGCUGUGGCUUUGAGGAUCCAAACUUAAAUAGCUCAGCGCCUCUCGGACAUCCUACAUGUUCAAAGUUGCCAUGUUGUUCUGACAGCAAGGAUUCCUGCUGCACGAGUGAUAUGACUGUAACUUUGACGGCUACACAGUGCUCUUGUCAGCCAUGCUUACAAAAGGCCAAUGAAGCUAUUACCACGGCCUUCGGGUGGUCUGGAAGCCUGGGACUCAUUUUCAGCUUUACUGAGAUUAUAGGAGUAUGGGUUACAGUUCGAUAUCGUAACCAGAAAGACCCGCGCGCUAAUCCUAGCUCGUUUCUCUAGCUACUAACAAAUUGCAAAUAGAUACUGGGGGUGUGGCUUGCAUUCCGUUACCGGCACCUACGUGACCCUAGGGCCAACCCAGACGCUUUCCUAUAAACAUUGAGAACAUCUAUCUGAAAUCCACGCUACAUUUUGCUACAAGCUGUCACAAGAAUACUAACUUGCUUGACAUGUGAUGCUGCUGCACAGGACUGUUAGACAGCUGGAACGUGUAUUACUUUAUCAGCUGGCUGAAUGGACAGGCAAAAGUGAAAACGUUUUAAGUGGGUCUUUGUUAAAUGUCGCUUUAAAUGUUAAAGCUGCAAUCUCACAGAUUGACAGUUUUGACUGUUUUUAUUUAUUGCUGUCUAAGAGUCAGCUGAUUUUGGCGUCAACACUUCCAAUUUAGUCAUAUGAGAUUUCUCACAAUAGAACAGAUCUAAAUUGUAUGGAAAUCUGCCAAAACAAUCAAUUUUCUGAAAGCGUUAUUGACGUUUUUAGCAAUAAAACAUCAAUUUUCAGAUGUUUAUAUGGAAACUGAGAUCUGCUCUUUUUCAGCAGUCUUAUAUCACUGUUUUACAUCCAUUAACACAAACACUGGCCUCAUUCCAAGACAAAAAAUAAUAAAGUUGUCAAAACAAUCCAAUAUGUGAGAAUGCAGCUUUAAAGCUUUCAACACUCAAAAUUCCUACAAUGUGUUUCCAGUAUUUUUUUCAUUGAUUGUUCAUUUUCAUUGCAUUUGUUAUUAAAUAUGAUUGUGUAUUUUACCCAGUUGCUAAAAGUAAAUGAAACAGUUAUUUCAUUUUUUUUCUCCAAAAUUAGAGAUUGUGUAUGCCAUGUCUCAUCAGUUCAAAAAUAUAAUUAUUUACAAAUAUUAAAAAGCAAUUUGAUGGAAGAUGGAGGCGAAAAAUUGUUUCAAAAAAUAAAAAAUACAAGUUAUUUCAAUUUUGAGUUAAAUACCUGAAUAUCUGUAUAUAAGAUUUAGACAAAAACACCUUUGAUGGGUGUCUGCCUUUAAGGCACCCAAUUUAUUUUGUGCCAGCUUUAAAUGUAUGAUAUUUAUAAUGACUUGUACAUUUCCUCCAUAAUUUCCUCCAUAAAGUGUUCUUAGAAUAAUUUUUCUGUAGUUUUGGACUAUAUCAGAUUAUAAAAUACAAUUUUCUCUUGUGACCGUCUUACAGCAAGAAAUUAAAGAAUACAUGUAUUCUAUAUAGUGUAUAAAGUUUUGACUGAAUAUGUUUUGAAUAAUCUUUGCAGCAAUUUAACUAACAACUGCAAUUCAACAGUUUAAAUAAAUAAUCAGUCUUUCUAUCUACAGCUAAUUAUACCCCCACAAACGAAGUUUGAGGGGGUAUAUAGGAGUGAGCUUGUCGGUCGGUCGGUCUGUCGGUCGGUCUGUCGGUUUUCAUGGUUUCCGGGCGAUAACUCAUGAAAGGCUAGACAGAUUUGAAAAAUUUUUGGUACACAGGUGUAACAUCAGAAGAUACAGGUCAAGUUCGAUAUUGGGGCUGGUGGGGCCAAGGUCAAGGUCACUGUUACUAAAAAUAGAAAAACGGUUUCCGGACGAUAACUCAUGAAAGGCUAGACAGAUUUGAACAAUUUUUAGUACACAGGUGUAACAUCAGAAGAUACAGGUCAAGUUCGAUAUUGGGGCUGGUGGGGCCAAGGUCAAGGUCACUGUUACUAAAAAUAGAAAAACGGUUUCCGGACGAUAACUCAUGAAAGGCUAGACAGAUUUGAACAAUUUUUGGUACACAGGUGUAACAUCAGAAGAUACAGGUCAAGUUCGAUAUUGGGGCUGGUGGGGCCAAGGUCAAGGUCACCGUUACUAAAAGUAGAAAAACGGUUUCCGGACGAUAACUCAUGAAAGGCUAGUUUUUCUUGUCAGCAGUGUAACUUCUAAAUUACUCAACAGAUUUAAAUAAAACAAUACAUGCAUGAUAAAAGAAGAUGCAGUGUGCAGUAACCUUGGAGUUAUGGCCUCUUUUCAAAGGAAUGGUUUGCCAUUCCUGUGUCCAGGCGGCAUUUGGGGGUAUUCGUCACUCCUGUGACAGCUCUUGUUUACAUUAACAUGAUAUUACAUAUCUUUUGUGUCAUAAAAGAUGCAUGCAAGUUUUUCUUCAAGUAUGUUCAUAGUGAAAGUGUCAAUUAACUUCAUGUAUGACUAGGCCUAAAAAAAAAAAAACAUUUGGUUCGGGUUACCCGACCCUACCUACAGAAAAGGCGCCAACCCUACCGUUUUUAAAGUCAGUUUGAAAAAAAAUAAAAUAAAAAAAAAUAUAUAUAUUUUUUUUUUUUUCAAUUGCUUUUCAAAAAUGUAGUUUAAAACCUUAAAUGCUUACUCAGAAGAUAACUUUUAUUUAAACCUAAUAAUAAAAAAAGAAAAGAAAAAAGCCUACCUACCCUACCUAUUUUUGAAAAGGAUGUAACCCUAACCAAACAAUUUUAUUUUUUUUAGGCCCUAGCACAUUUUCUUAAAUUGUUGUAUUUUUUCUCAAGUCACUACAUGUAUUUGCAUGAUGAUAUGUAUUAAGUAAACUGCAACAAAUACUAGCAAUAUAUGUUAUUAAAUAUGAUGUAAGUAACAAUAUGACAUCAUAGUACAGUCGAAACCUGCUGGCUCCAUAUCCCAUAUCCAUUGGUGGAGCAUUUCUACCAAAGCGUCAUACUUUUGUCUUGUAGCUUUCCUUGUAUUUCUCAUUUCAAAACAUUUGCUUCACUGCAGAAAUCAGGAGUGAGAAACUUAAGUGGAUUUCGGGGAUUUUUUCAUCUUCAAGAAAAGAAAGAAAAUAUGCCCCCCUCCCCUAAUACUACUAUAAAAAAAUAUUAUUAUUAAAAUUCCUCUAAGCCAGGAACUAUUAGAAAUGUUUGCUACAUGUACCAGUAUGUUGUACCAAAUUGUUCAUUUUAUCUGAAAGUUAUUUAAUAAUAAUUAUUCAAGAAGUUUUGUACACAAGGGGAAAAAGUGUCCAGAUAGGAGUGCAAUAAUAUAUUUAUGUAUUUGGUUAUACAUGUAUAUUUGUAUAGAUGUAGUGCUCAUUUUAUUUUUGCUUAAGGCUAUACCAAAUUUAUUCUUUGUUUGUUGGAUUUACCAUACCUUUUUUUUCUGAAAAGUGAGGAAAAACAUUUCAAGCAACCUCUCCUAGUUUUCACCAAGCUUACCAGAUUAUUUUUUUAUGAGCCUAAUCACUUUUACCGGUAUUUUUUCAAGCCAAAAUACAUCAAACGAAAAAUUCAUUUGGUAUGGCCGUAUGAUGUUUUUGUAAGAUUUUUGUUUACAAGGUGUUUGGUUGUUAUUUGUGUAUAGUUACUAAUGAAAAAGUUAUCGCAAGGGCUUGGUUAAGUCAUGUAUGUGAAGUCCAGGCCCGAUUUCUCGAAACUUCUUAAGCUUAACAGGCUUAAGUAGCUUAUUUCAUUUACCCAAAACACAUACUUAAAUUGAAUUUUGAUAAAUGAAAAAUGGUGUAUUGUGAUAAUCAUAAAGAUAAGUUCUAUUUAAAGCGUAAAAACUCUUAAGUUAAUAUUACGCAAUUUACUGAAAACCAAAAAUAAUGAGAUUAGCUUAAUCCUGUUAUAAGGGUCUUAAGAAGUUUCGAGAAAUUGGAGCCAGGCCUCAGUAUCAUAAACAUGCUCAAGUCAAAUCUUAAUUUUAGUCUCAACUCUUUUUACCACCAGGGGCGUACCUAGGUAUACUCCAGUAAGCCGUGGCGUACAAAUGAAUUAAGAUUCCCGCGAAAUGGCCAGUAAAAAAGUCCCACGUCAGGGGAUAUCGGUCCCGCUCCAACCCCAUAUAUCAUAUAGGGACCAGAAUAUAGAACUACCGUUACCUUUUUAACCGCGCUUAAGUGUACGGGCGAACUUUUCAAAAUCCUUCAGGUACGCCCCUGACCACAUAAAGGCAUAGUAUCAUUCAAAGUCCUGUGUGUGUAUUUUUUUAUUUUAUAAAACAUUUCUCAUAAAAUGUGUUGAAAAAACAAUUUUUUGUCAUUCUUCGAAGAAAACUUAUUUUAAGGGCAAAACAUAAGUAAUUGUUAAAAAACAUUAACGUUGUUCUCUAUUACAUUUUAUGCUGUAGGAUAUUAUUUCUUUUGAAUUCUGACCGUUUUUAAUCAACAUAUUCUAUUAAAGAAUGCGCUUUUAAAAGGUAUAAAAACAUAUACAAUUUAUAAUAUCUUUCAAUGUUUUUUGAUAAAAUGAGUCGAUUCUGAGAAUGAUAGUUUACUUAAGUAUUUUCGUGAUAUAGAGGCUAGGGUUCAAGCAAGAAAUGUGCUGGAGUAAUUACCCAGAAGCAAGAAGGUGCACUCAAUUGUUUCACAACAUUUUUCUAGAUGUCAAGCAAUAAUUUUCAUAUUUAAUAUUGAUAAGCAAUUUCCAAUAAAACAAUAUUUUUAUAUUUUUUCCCCAAUUUUCGCGUUUAAGAACCCUAUUUGUGCCAAGAAACGGGAGCUGUGGGGCAGAUGGGGGCAGGGGGCUACUUUUUCUCUUAACUCUGCUCUUCAUUUCCGUUUUAUAGUUGUAGUAUUUUCACUGUUAUUACUGCGCUAAAUUUUGCUUGACAUUGUUUUAUUGGACAUGUUUUAUUAUUUAUGUUGUUACACGUAUUUCUUGAUUACUGAAUUAUAUUAAUGUUGCACUUUUUGUUCCAUAUUGUGCUGAUGUAUUGCCUUAAGUUUUACCAUUAUCUUUUCAUUGUAAUUAAUGAAAUAACAUUUUCAACUAAACAAGAUAUUAAAGAUAUUAUAAAUGUUUCACCAAUCGAAAAUGCAAAAUGUAUUAUUUUUUAUUUUUUCCUUAUUAAUAAAUAUCGUGGCUCACUUGCUACUAUGGUUAUAUAGUUAUCUAUGUUUGGUAUGAUUUUACUACUGUUUGCAAAUGAAUUUCCUCUGAUUAUGAAGCAUUGAAUGAUUGUGGCUUUUACUCUGCCCCAAUCAAUGAAGUGAAUUUGAAAACAAAAAAUUGACUAUCACGAUCAGCAAUUUGGCGUAUAUUUUUACUUAUCACAUAGAAAUAACAAUGCUAAAAAGGCAGGCUCUUGCCUCACCAAGUAUCCUAACAUGUACAGUUUGCGUUUGUUUCAAUUCAACAAGCCAGUUCAAUUAAAACUUAAAGCUGAUUUUGCAAAAUUCUUUUAAAGCGUUUAAACAAUCUGUUUGAAUGCUCUGUUAGAUAGGUAAAAAUCAACCGUCUCUUUGUUGUUAAUAUGGCAUUGCGAUCUUGUUUUUUAACUUACUGGCGAGCCCAUUUUGCUGUGUGUAUUAUUAUUAAUUUUGCAAACAGUUGUAUUACAGAGAUGAGUUAUUCUUGAGGAAGAUUGCCUCAGAUGUAUAUAAAAUAGAUUCGGAUGAUGAUGAAUUAAAAACUAAGUAAGUCAGAAUCUUGCCUUAGAAUAAAUGGCAAUAUAUUUGUUAUAGAGAUGACUCUAUCCAUGACACUUUAUCUAGUACAUUGAAAGAUCUUGCUGAACAUUUUCUUCGAAAAUAAACACCAAUGUAAUUUACCUUUGAACAAAAUGUCAUUCCAUUCAUUUGUUAAAAGGCAUAUCUUGUUUUUAUUAUGAUUAAACACAUUUCAUUAUCAA